UAAAUUUCGCCGAUCAAUCCCUCCGGCGCACAGCAAGCUAUUUCACUGUACUCAUGGCUUUUGCAUGGAUUUCGUCGAAAACUUUCACCAAUUUAUCAUCGUCAUCAUCAUCGGCAAUUCACAGUUUGUAUCCAUGGAAACUGUGCAAAUUCAAUCAUCAUCCGUCGAGAAGAAGUGCGAAUUGCAGCAGCUGCAAGUGCGGAUUAUCUUCAACGGGUGACCUGAAAUUUGUGCUUCAUGAUGCCCUUGAUUUAGUUGGCCUCAGUACCACCCACGCAAGGGCUGCAAGAGUUGGUUUCUGCUCACAGAUUGAAAAACUAUCUGAGAUUGAGAGAGAAACGAGCAUAACUGUGAAUAAAGGGGUCGAUUUAGGCAGAGCAGCUCUUCAUAUAGCAGCUGAGGAUGACUCCCUUAUCUCGCACUCGUCUGUUCCGCUUCCAGUGGAUGAUUUCAUCGAAAGAUUGAACUGUCUUUCCAUGGGCUAUUGCUCUCAUUACGGCUCUUCAUUUAGAUCCACGCCGGAGAAUUUUCUCGACUGUUUAGAAAGAUACCUAUAUGUUAAUAAAGUAAGUUAA